ACGUCAGCUUCCUAGUUUGGUUGCACUGAACCCAUGUGGGUCCAGUGUUGACUUGCUGCGUUAGAAAGUUGAGUUAUAUCUCUCUAUAGUUAUCGUUUGCGUUUAAACGCUGCUUGUCGCGUUUAACCAUGGCUUCAUCUUUUUUCAUAAAGACAAAAGAAAACCCCAAAUUAGCCAAAAAGGCGAAAAAUACGGCGGCGCUAAAACGAAAGGGUGAUGGGGACUCGGGCGGAAAGAACAAACCACGAGGCAAGAAACCCAACUCCAAACACAACGAAGAGAUCUCCAGCGACUCUGAGACAGAGAGCCCUGUAGUUUCCAGGAAAAGACAGUCCAAUGAGGAAAUUGAUUAUGAGGAAACACCACAGGAAAAGAAGCUUAGAUUAGCCAAACUGUACCUCCAACAGCUAAAGGAAGAAGAGGAAGAGAAGGCAGAAGAAGACUCCUUUGAGACCGAUUUGAUUGCUGGGAGACUUCAAGAAGAAGUGCUUGAACAGAAAGGAAAGCUUCAGCGGCUGAUUGCCAAAGAUCUCUUGCCACCGGAUUCUUCAGAGAUCAGGAUGUUGAGAGGACACAAACUUCCAAUUACCUGUCUGGUCAUCAGCUCUGAUGAGAAGUACAUCUUUUCUGCUGCCAAAGACUGCUCCAUCAUUAAAUGGGAUGUUGAGAGUGGGAAGAAAGUGCACAUGAUACCUGGUGGAAGGAAAGGUACAGAGGAUCGGCAUGUUGGACAUACAGCCCAUAUCUUGUGUAUGGCCAUAUCGUCAGAUGGAAAAUACUUGGCCACUGGAGACAUGAACAAACUGAUCAUGAUCUGGGAUGCAGAAACAUGUAAACAUCUAUAUAAAUUCACAGGACACAAAGGCCCCGUGUCGGGUCUCUCAUUCAGGAAGGGAACUCAUGAUCUGUACAGUGCCUCUCACGAUCGCUCAGUAAAGGUGUGGAAUGUGGAUGAGAAUGCAUACGUGGAAACUCUCUUUGGGCAUCAGGACGCCAUCACGGGUUUGGACAGCCUGAGCCGCGAGCGCUGUGUGACUGCAGGAGGAAGGGACCGGUCUGUGAGGGUGUGGAAGAUAGCUGAAGAAUCUCAGCUGGUGUUCCACGGUCACGAGGGUUCAAUCGAUUGUAUCCAAGCUUAUACUAAAUGAGGAACACAUUUUAACAUCUUAGCUGAUGAUGGCUCUGUGUCUCUGUGGAGGUCAACAAAGAAGAAGCCUCUCAGCACAGUGAAGCAGGCUCACGGUUGCAGUCAUGGUGACGCAGGGCUGGAGCAGCCCCUCAUUGGGACAUUGGUUGCAGCGCUUCAGAACUCAGAUUUUGUCGCCUCAGGUGCCUCUGGCUGUGAUACUCCUUCUGUGGUGCAGCUGUGGACGUGUGGUCCAAAUUUUACCGUGGGCUGGAGCUCUCUCUUCAGUGUACCAGUGUCUGGUUUUGUCAACAGUUUGAAGUUUUCGAGCUCCGGUCAGUUCUUGGUGGCAGGAGUUGGACAGGAGCCAGGUAACUGA